AGAUUGGUCAUACUGUAUACCCUUCAAAAUUAGUUUGUGAUACAGCUGGUCGGACAUGGGGUGGUGAUGUGUGUUGUAUUUACAUUGAAUAUAAUGAUACACCAACUACAUUUCACGUGUUUGUAAUGUGACAACUGCUUUACGCGUAAUGGCAUAUCAAACAUUCCGACAAGAAUACAUGCAGAUGCCUGUUGUGACCAGAGCGUACACAACGGCAUGCGUUAUUACGACAUUGGCUGUGCAAUUGGACCUGGUUUCACCAUUUCAGCUGUAUUUCAACCCAAUAUUAAUUGUGGAACAAUUCCAGCUAUGGCGACUGGUAACUACCUUCCUGUUUUUUGGAGCUGUGGGUUUCAAUUUUUUCUUCAACAUGAUAUUUACGUAUCGAUACUGCCGCAUGUUGGAGGAAGGUUCAUUCCGAGGACGUACCGCUGAUUUUGUAAUGAUGUUCCUCUUCGGAGGAAUAUGUAUGAUUAUGCAGAUGUUUGCAUUCUUUGUAAAUCUGUUGUUCCUUGGCCAAGCAUUUACUAUCAUGUUGGUGUAUGUGUGGUCUCGUAGAAACCCUUUUGUGAGAAUGAAUUUCUUUGGACUGAUCAACUUCCAGGCACCGUACUUACCGUGGGUGCUUCUAGGAUUUUCUGUGCUGUUAGGCAAUGCAAUUUGGGUGGACCUUGUGGGCAUGGCUGUUGGACACAUGUAUUAUUUUGUGGAAGAUGUGUUUCCAAAUCAACGUGGAGGGUUCCGUUUGCUCAACACGCCACAAAUACUGAAAUCUCUAUUUGACGCUCACCCCCAGGACCCAGACUACACGCCCUUGCCUGAAGAUCGACCCGGUGGCUUCAACUGGGGAGAACGCCCCCAAAACCAACAGUGACAAACGAGUGUAAGAGACGGAGGCUGCUGUUGGCCUGGCGAGAUUGCCAUGGAUGGAAAUAAUGUACAAAAAGAUAUUCCAUCCACUUACUUACAUCAGUGUUUCACGAUACAGUACUAUGUGUACUAUCAAAAUUCCUAUAAACUUCCUUACCCAGUGUCACAUGUUAUUACAAGAAUUAUACUUCCUCUGUGCUGUACAUUACUUCGGGCUUUGUUCUUGUAGUUAAGGCUACAAAAUAAAAUAGGUAUUAAGAAUCGGAUAAUGAAAGACUUGUUCGAUGUAACAAGCCUCAUUUUGAAGCAUUUAAACCAGCAACACAACCAAUGUCAAGUGUACAUUUACAAAAACAUUUUGAUUAUAAAUGAAGUUUGUGUCUUACUACUGUUGUGACUGAUGACAGCUGGAAAAGCCUAUGCAUGUAGCACAGUGUACCACAGUUUGUGUCUAAUAAACAUUUUACUGUU